AUGUCUCUGGACGACUCAAUCAGCGCUCCGUCGCAAUCAAACAUUCAGAUUUCUAGGGAAAUCUCCAUCAAAGCUCCACCAUUUUACAGCGAAAAACCUACGUUGUGGUUUGCGCAACUCGAGUCGCAAUUCAGAAUGCGGAGCAUUCUAACAGAAGUCGACAAAUUCCACGUGGCCGUGCCUUUAAUUGACACUAGAUCAGCCUCCCCAGUCGAAGAUAUAAUUUUGGCACCACCUAUUACCACUCCAUACAGAAAACUUAAAGAGGCACUUAUUGCACGCUUCUCAAAAUCUAAAGAAGCUAAUCUUAUACAAUUAUUGGACGGAGAGAGCCUAGGUGACAAAACUCCAUCUCAACACCUGCGUCAUCUCCGUAGUCUCGUCCCGGACAUUGAUGAGGAAGUUUUCAAGGCGCGAUGGUUAUCACACCUUCCUCCCCAAAUGCGCGCAUACCUCGUCAUACAGGAACAGGCUGAUCUCAAUAAACUCGGGGCUGCAGCCGACAAGCUUCACGAGGUGAUUAAACCGGCUGGCAUAGCAGCUGUUUCAGACCUGGAGACGCAAGUAGCAGCCUUGGCAGAACACCUGGCAGAACUUUCAGCCAUCGUAGCGCGCUCACGUAGCAAAUUUAGCGUGCUACCAGCAACUUCAUCCGGAGGGCUUUGCUGGUACCACGCCAAGUUUGGCGCCAACGCGCAAAAAUGUACAACCGGAUGCAAAUACGAGGAAAACUUCAACAGGAGUCGUUAG